AACAGUAUCGUUAAAGGUGAGGACGGAUGCUGGUGGGGACAAUAACGUUCGCCUCGAUCAUUGCCUUUCGCGUUUUCAAUCGCAUCAGUCUUAUUUUCAAUCGUGUCCUGUGUGUGGCCAAACCAGUAUGAAACAUGUGUCAUUAAGAGAACGAAAGGAAUAACAAUAUAGGAUUUGAUAAACGGAGUGUAAGAGGAGAUAUCGAAGGAGAAAUAAAAUGAAGAAAUCGAACGAUCAAACUUUAACUAUAGAUCUUUCAUGAUCUAAAGUUGAGUAUUAAAAUUACAAUUUUUUCAUAACUCGAAAGAUAUUCUAUAGUCGUCAUGCGAUAUAUCUAAUGAGCUUAAAAACGAAAUGAAUUUAAUAAGAAGAUAAAUAUAUAAAUAUAUGUAUAUAUAUAUAUAUACGUAUUGUAAAAAUUAUUUAAUAAUAAUUUAAUCAUGACGAUGGAAAAGAACGAUACUAAUAGUGGACAAUUCAUCAAAGUGCAAACCGAACGAACCAGUUUUAAGCCAACAGAAAGAUGGCGUAUUAUGAAGAACAUAUUAUUAAUAGGGACUGCAUUUAUGGUGAAUUUCACUGCAUUUAUGGGUGCUUCGAAUCUUCAAAGUUCUAUAAAUGCUAGCCAAUCUCUCGGCACGUUUACGCUUGCUGCGAUCUAUGGAAGUUUGAUAUUUAGUAACAUCUUCCUUCCGGCUUUGGUGAUAAGUUGGCUCGGCUGCAAAUGGACAAUGUCUCUGGCUAUAUUGACCUACGUACCAUUCAUAGCAGCACAAUUUUAUCCAAGAUUUUAUACCAUGAUUCCUGGUGGAUUGAUGGUUGGACUAGGUGGUGGACCACUUUGGUGUGCCAAGUGCACUUAUCUUACGGUCGUGUCUGAAGCUUAUGCUUCUGUAUCUGAUCUUGCCACUGAUGUUUUGGUCACUAGAUUUUUUGGACUCUUUUUUAUGUUUUACCAGAUGGCACAAGUUUGGGGUAAUCUUAUCUCAUCGGCAGUUCUGUCCUUUGGAAACGAUAAAGCAACAUCAACGAAUGUAACAUUGAACAGUAGUGUCGUCGCCGAAAUUUGUGGAGCCAAUUUUUGUGUCGCAUCUUCGUCUACGAACGACAAUCCAAAUCUGGAGCAACCACCGAUAGAGAGGAUCCACUUGAUAUCUGGCAUUUAUGUUGCCCUUAUGAUAUUGGCCUCUCUGGUUAUCGCAUUUGGGGUUGAUUCGUUGUCUAGGUAUGACAGAGGUAGAAAGGGCUCGGUGACAGGAUUAACGGGAUUAAAGCUCUUGGCGGUUACGUUGAAAUUGUUGAAAGAAAAGAGUCAGCUUUUAAUACUACCCAUAAUAAUUUUCAUUGGAGCCGAGCAAGCUUUUCUCUUUGCCGAUUAUAACGCAUCCUUUGUUUCUUGCGCUUGGGGUAUCAGUAAUAUUGGAUACGUUAUGAUUUGUUUCGGUAUUGCCAAUGCAAUUGCAGCAUUGACUACGGGUUCCAUAAUAAAAUUGACUGGCAGGAUUCCCGUUAUGAUAUUUGCCUUUUGCCUUCACAUAGGGAUUUUAAUUUUUAUGUUGAACUGGAAACCAACACCCAAUCAAGGGAUAAUAUUCUUUUUAAUAUCUGGAUUAUGGGGAAUCUGUGACUCCAUCUGGUUGGUGCAAGUUAACUCUUUAAGUGGUUUAUUAUUCCCCGGAAGAGAGGAAGCAGCUUAUUCCAAUUUUCGACUAUGGGAAUCCACUGGAUCUGUGAUAACGUACAUAUACAGUCCUUACUUAUGUACUUACAUGAAGAUUCAUAUCUUGAUGGCUAUUCUUUGCAUCGGCAUGAUAGGUUACGCUAUUAUCGAAUGGGUAGGUAAAACUAAAUCAGUUGUUAGGAAGGAGAAACCAGAUUUCGAACUGGUUGCUGAUAACGAAGUAACGCGAUAGUAAGGGUUGAAACAAAUAGUAAAUAAGAUAAUCAUAAAUCUUUUGCAUGUAGGAAAUGAUAAUGAAAAUAAAAGAAAAUAAAAAAAAAAAAA